GUAUACCAUCUUUCCCUUCAUAUUCGCAUUAUAAUACAAGACCUUAGAUAUUCUUUAACAUCACCACAUUCCCCCGACUCUAUCAGCAUGCCUCAAACACGAGCACAAGCAGCAUCAGCUUCGGCCUGUGUCCGUCCUGCGCGGAGGCAGCAUCGACGCUGCUUGAAAGAAGUUCGUAUUCCUGCACCCAACCCGCAUACCUCCCCAUCCAUCAACAAGGAAAAAGAAGAGCAAGAGAAAAGUGCAGCAAACACCUCCAGUCCACAGAUUCCCAACAUGAGAAAACGCAAGCUAGAGGACAACACAGGAAGAACCCAGCACAACCCUACUAAAACUACACCUGUUCAAGUGAGCGAGCAAGCGCAUCUGCUGGCCUCGAGCAACACACCUUUAAAAAGUAAUACCAACAACAAUGCACCACUCCAACUUGCAGCGGUUAGAACAGUCUUCAACGCCGCAUUACAAACCCCUGCUUCCCCUCCUACACUACAACACGCCGAAAUCCUAAGCGCCCUACAAUUUAGCAUAGAAGACUAUAUUACCAACAUGCACCAUCCUGAUUGGCAGCCAAGGCCAAACGCGCUUGCAUAUGCUCCCAAUGUGGUAUUCCAGGUGCUCACGGAACUGCAUAGGAUUGCGAUACGCGCUGCUACUACUACUAGAGAGUGCGAGCAAGGAGUCGAGGGUGUGGAGCUGGGCGUGGAGGCGCUUGCGCAUGCGCUGCUGUGGGGCGGGAGGAUGCUUCGGGGUGCGGGGGAGCAGUGGGGGGAAGGGGGGACGGAGAUGCACAUGGCGGUUUAUGGGUUUGUGGAGCAGGUGGUUGAAGUGGGUGAGAGCAGGAGAGGUAGAUGAUUGGGAUGUGAAUAUGCUGGUUGAGAACUUGUACGAGUGAGUAGGGCUUCGAAAUUUUAUAUCGUUCUCAUUGUGUUUACAGAUAGCCAUCUUCCCUAUGGUGAUGGUACUGCUUUCCUUCCCCAUAGCUCUUGCCUA